UGCGGGCCGGGGGCGCGCAGAGGGGCUGUCUGCGGAGGGGGGAUUUUAACGCAGGUGCUGGUACCUCACACACCGGUCCCCGGGAUCUGCCCCUCCAUUGCUGAGUGCAGGGAAGUGACACAGCCCCCUAGCCUUGAGGCAGCCAUGGCUGCAGAGGGCCCUGUGGAAAGUCUCCAGGAAGAAUUGAAGGCCCAUUUGAAGACUCUGAGGGAAGAGAGAGAAAAGCUGCUGGGAAGGAAAACGAUAGCAGAGGGGAAAAGCCAGGAGUAUCUGAAAUGGACCCAAGCUGAGAGGCAGAUGAUUGUGGCUGAGUUUCAGCAGCUGCGACAGUUCCUGGAAGAACAAGAGCAACUCCUGCUGGCCCAGCUGCAGAAGCUGGAUGAGGAGGUUGGGAGGCUCCAGACUGACACUAUUAGGAGACUCUCUGCGCAGAUUUCCCAUUUCAGCGAGCAGAUCGUUGAGGUGGAGGGGAUGUGUCAGAAACUAGCGAGUGAAUUCCUACAGGACAUCAGAAACACCUUGACCAGGUAUGAGACGGGGCAAUUCCAGCUGCCAGAGGAGAUUUCCCCUGAACUAGAAAAGCAAAUCAGCAGUUUCUCCCAGAAAACGAUUGCUCUGUCAGAGACUCUGAGGGAGUUCAAAGACACUCUGCCCUCUGCACUGGAGAGAGGAAGAAGAAAAUCCCUGGGAGCUUUCAGACAAGGCUGCAAAACUGCCACGUCUGUCUCCAGCUCAGCCCCUGGCCUGCAGAGCCAGGGACAGGAAAUGGCUGUGGCGGAGCCGGUGAGCUUCGAGGAGGUGGCUGUGUAUUUCUCUGAGGAGGAAUGGGCUCUGCUGGACCCGGGCCAGAGAGCCCUCUACAGGGAUGUGAUGCAGGAGAAUUAUGAGUCUGUGAACUGGUUGGGUAAGGAUUCCUGUCCCCUCCGGUAUCAGAAGCUAGGUUGGGUUUGGUUGAGGCCUCAGUGUCAGGAGUAGCAGCCCCACUAAUCCUCGCUCCUGUGUGAGACUUCCCUCCACGCCUCCUGUCAGGGGAAGCAGGUUCAAGAACAUAACAAAGGGUCUGCUCUUCCCACAGCCAAGGUCUCAAUGUGCUUCCCCAUUAUCUUGCCCAUGUUGUGCCUUGGCUGGAGGUGUCAGUGGAAGGGGCCAGCCAAGAUCAGCAGAUGGGUCUGGCUGCUGUUAGUGCCUGUGGGGUACUGUGGGGUAUUUCGCCCCCGGGGAGGGCUUCCGUCCGCCCCCCCCUUAAUCCUUUUAGCCUUUGUCAGCCGCGCGCGCCCGGCUCUGCUCUGCUCAGCCAGUUGGGGGAAGGGGGUCUGGGCUCGCCCUGGCUCCAGACCCC